CUCUCUCUUUCUCGUCAAGGUAUCUCCCCACCAGAUUUCACCAGCAAAACGCUUACCUCGUCGCACCUGUUUUCUUAAUUUCUUGACUACGCGCAUUUGUGAUUUUUGCAUCGCGACGUUACAUUUGCCGACGCGAGAUCGAUAAAAGAUGAAGAGGCUCGGGAAAGGAACGUGGCGAACGAUCGAAGGGAGCAGCUAGUCUUAGAAAAGUAUUUACUACGGAAGUUGGAACAUUGUUUGGCCACGAUCGACGUUUAGUACCGGAACAAUAAACGUUGUUCGGAAUGGAACGAUCUCUUGCGGCGAAUUUGUAACAAUCGCGCGACCAUAAUGCGAGUCUAUUGAUCCGAUUCACGGUCUGCAGCUCGGACCGGCGGGGGGAGAAAUUUGCAAUAAUCGGAAAUCGGCGAAAGCCGCUUAAUUGUUUGCUCGAACGCGCGUUCGUUCUACGAGUUCGGUGUUUUAUUGACGGUUCAUCCGCAGUGCUUCGCGUGAUUGCAGUUACACGUGAAACGGCCGUUUAUCUACACCGUCGUGGCCGACCUCGAUGAAGAGCGGUCAAUUUUGGCUGGCCGCUGAAUACUUCUGGACGAGCGACCGAAACGCGGCCAAUUCGUCCAGUUGAAGCAAGGGACAAUUUUUUAAUAGAAUCUUGCAGUUGGAAAAAAAAAGGGAAGACUCUCGGUUAUACGUAUGUGUGCAUGUGUGUGCAUAAAGAUACAUCGAAUUUGGCAAGAUGACAACGCUGAAAAAGGAUGAAAAGAGGAGUUCCAAAAAGUCGAAGAAUACCGGCCAGAAAAUCUCCAGUCGCAAGACAGCGAAGCAAGUGCCCUCGAAGAGCAACGGGACGAGAGUGCGAACAGAUGAUCCAUCGAUCCGCGCUGGCAAUGGGGACGCGCAAAAGGACGUGAAGGAGGCGGGGACGAGCGGCAAAUUCGAACGGAAGUCGUUCCGUCGAAAAAUCGGGUCACUGAUAAGAGGUAGCGCCGCCGAGUUACCGGCUGUGAUAAAUCGCAGCCUGCAGCCGAUUAGGCGUAGCUUCAGCUUCAGCAAGGACUUGAACCGUCUGCACGAACCCUCGAAACCUCACAGGGCGAGCAGUGUUCAUUGGUACAACAGUCUGGUGUCUUUGGCCGAGGAUGAAUGUCUGGACGAGUUGGAUCACAGCCCGCCGGGGAACAGCGUGCCCGAGGAACUAUUCUCACCGAAGGUUCAGGUCACCAGGACGCAGAGUCUCAUCGAUACCACUUUCCAGACUAGAAGUCCGAGACGACGAGUGAACGAGGCACUGAAUCGGACAGCCCCUUAUGGACGGCACAGCGACCAUUAUGACUCCACUAUAGAUUUAAGUAAUCCGCCCUGCGAGGCUAGUAGCCUUCCUGCUCUUGCGCGCAUCGCCACGGAUGAGAGUUACAUCGAGCCACGAUCCCCACGUGAACAGCAGCAACAGGUCAGCAGCGAAUGGAGCAACCUGAAAGCGAUUGGCCGAAAUUUGUCUCUGCUGUAUGUCAACAAAUCCCUCGCGAGGCUUCAUUCGGUAAGUGUCUGA